AUGGCACGAUUUCUUCAGAUCUUGCUCGCGGCUGCGAGUCUCGUUGCGGGACAGAGCGCCAUAUGUCCGAAUGAAGUCGCUAUUUACAAUCUACAGGAUCGGACGCAGUCGUUCACCAAUAACUGGUUCCUCGUCCCCGUCCCCAAGGAAGAAGUCAAAAAAGCCCUCCAACAAGCAUUCCCCGCCCUUUUCAACCUCGGCGGCCUAAACCUCUUGCCCGUCCCAGCAUCCCUCAACUUCCCCGCUGGAAUGCACCCAGUUGUCGCCUCAGCCGGCAUGACCAACGACAUCCGACAAGACAACUUCCAAAUCGCCACCGGCCUCAUGUUCGCCAGCUCCCUAAUUCCAUACGUCGGAAUCGGGUCUUCCCAAACGCCCCUAAGCGUGCCCCUCAUAAACUACAUUGCAGGCGUCGACGACGUAACCCAAGCCUACGUCGCCGGUAUCAUUCCCUCUGUCGUCGCAACCAUAGCAGGCAUCCUCUUCCGCAUCGGCGCCUUCAUCCCCCUCUCCUCCCCCUUCCAAUCCUACUCAGACGGCUCCCUUGGCAUAAACUCCAAAUGGGCACAAGCACCCAACCCCGCCAGCGGCCCCGGCCUCUACUCCGAAGCCAUUGACCUGAAAUUCGUAAACGAGGCCAACCAAGCAUCGCCGCGGUACACACUCGCCCAGUGGAAACGCAUCAUCAAUCAGCCCUGGAUCCUGGCGAAUACGGCGAGUUUGAUAAACCCAAAGUGCCAGAGGAGUACGUUUUACUUUACGAAUGCUACGGCGGUGCCGACGUUUAGGACGGGCAAUGUGACGCUAGGCCCGUCGGCGAGUGUGGAUCCGUUGACGGCGGUGCUGCAGAAGGCGAGUCCCGAUGGGAGUGGGUUUUAUGGCGGUGUGUAUGGGUUUACGGCGUGUGCGCAGAAUGUGGGGUAUGGGGUGGUGGUGCCGCAGGGUGAGGAUUGCGAGGUUGCGGCGCAGAUUGUGGCGAGUUCGCCGGGGGCUUGGUAG